AUGGGAAUGAAAGACAUCAAGACAAUUCCGUCAAGAGUGAAGAACCGUCUGCUCGCUCCGAAAGUCUCAACCAAGAGUUCGUAUUCAGGAUUGGAAAGCAAAAGUAAAGAAACAUCAUCUGGAACAGCCCUGGACGUCUCCAAUAACAUUUCGAAACCGAAGCUGGAAGCUGAAGUUAAAGAAGAAUGGCUUUCUCCAACCUCCAAAAAUCCGGACGGAAGAGAUGUGCGGCAAAGAUCGCCAACCCAUCAGCAUGACCUCUGGGUCGAAGCGUUCAACAAAUUGCCUCCAAAAAUACAAACAAAGCUCAAAACACAGGGAAUGAACACAAACAAUUCCGAGGAUAUGACCAACCAGAUCCAAGCCUUCCAAGAAGAGGCCAAGAAACAGCGGGAAAGAAGCCUUGCCAGGGAAUGGAAAGUCCACAUCGGAGAACAUGAGAUUCCGAUACGUAAAUUGACAGUCAACAUUGCUCAGUGGGCUGAGAAGAUUGGAGAUGUCGCAAUCCAAUUUGCACCGAGCCCAGGCGCCGGAGUUUGGGCUGUUGCAAAAUCAAUCCUUCAGAAAGUUGACACUUUUGACAAAGAGAAAGCUGCUCUUCUUGUCAUCCUGGACAAGGUGACAGGAGCAAUGUUCUGUGGUCAAAUCUACUACGAAAUAUAUACUGAAGAUCGCACUGGAAGGAAGGACGUCGUGGAUAGACUCCAAGAUGCCAUUGUGGAGCUGUAUACAUGCGUUCUGGAGCUUUUGGCAACAUCUACGGAUCUCGCCUCAAAUACCGCAAUGCAAAUCUGUCACUCAAUCUUUGAUUCCCAGAAGCCAUCCGGGAUGUUACUGGGACUGGAAGAGCUGGAAAAAGCACUCGGAACAGCGGCCUCCAAAUGCGAGAACACUGCCCAUGCUCAUCAGGAGGCACAGUUCAAGGAGUAUCUUCAAGAUGCUCAGAGCUACCUUGAAAAAAUAUCACAAAAUUUGGUCCAAGUAUUCCACUUGGUCUCGGAGCAGGAACGGCGGCUCCUUCUUGACCGGAUUUCUGAUGUUCAGUAUGGAUACCACUACGAUCUGAUCGAGCAAAGGCGAAGUCUUGGUACUGGCGAUUGGCUUAUAAAUCACAAACUGUUCAUUGAGUGGAUUGAAACUUCCUCUUGUAGUACUUUAUGGCUUCAAGGAUCUCCUGGUGCGGGAAAAACGUUCUUGACCUCAGCUGUAGUCAAGCACUUCAUAGAAAAAAAGGCUUCGCGAAUGGAAGGACUCGCCUACUUCUUCUGUAACCGAGAUGAACCAAAACGAAGAGAAGGGGCGCCCAUUAUUCGAAGCCUGGUGCGCCAGCUUGCUGCACCCAAGAAUAAGACUGGAGCAGUCCGAGAAAGCCUUCGAAAGGCAGAAGCAAAAGCAACUGAUAAAGCAUCCCAGCUAAGCUCUUCUGACUGCCAUGAACAGCUUUUGGAGUCUUUCAAUCUAUACUCAACGACAGUCAUCAUUCUUGACGCCUUGGAUGAAGUCCUUGACUUCGAGCUAGAUUCAUUAAUCGAGGAGCUCUAUAGUGUGAUUGAAAAAGUCCAAGAAGGAAGCAGAGUCAAAAUCUUCGUUGCAAGUCGUCCAGAAAAAGGAAUUAGGACGCAGUCGAGAUCCAAUGCCACCAUCAUCAUACAGGCGAACGAUAACAAAAGUGAUAUCGAGAAAUAUGUGACCGCAGAGAUUGAAAAGUUUGGAAAGAAGGAUCUGGACCAUGCUGUGAAUUAUAUGAAAGACAAAAUUGUUGACUGCAUUCUGUCCAAGUCCGGGACUAUGUUCCUAUGGGCCCACUUGCAACUACGGCAAUGCUUCAAAUGCGACACGAUUGAAUCCAUUGAACACACUCUGGAUAUCAUGCCAAAUACACUGGCCAAAACAUAUAAUCAGAUAUACCAGGAGAUUCAAGAUCGACCCCUUCCUGAUCGACAGUUAGCUGAACGUGCGCUAUAUUGGAUUCUAUCUGCCCCUGGACUCCUCAAAGUUGACGAUCUUCUCUCUGCCAUUUGUUUAAGCAUUGAAAACGAGAACGUCAAGGUCAAAAGUCGUGUCAGACAAGAAGUGUUGAUAUCUGUGUGCGAGAACUUGCUAAUCAUUGAUAAACAUGGAUAUUGGAGGUUCUUCCACCUCUCAGUCCGGGAAUAUCUUGAGAAGAAACUUGACCUAGGUCAAAAAGCAAACUCGUACUGUGCAAAAGUCUGCUUUCUCUCUCUGAUGCACACUUUUGGCCAAAAUGGCCUUGAUCUUACCUCAGAUGAAUUGAAGUUGCCAUCACCAUCUGCGGAUCCUUUGCACAUGGAAAGCAACUUCUCUGUCUUUAUCCAGGACAGGUGGAUCGCUUUUGCCUGUGAGCUACACGAGAGCGAUGAAACCGUCCUUCUUUUGCAGAAGUUCCUUGGAUCGCCUAAUCAAAGUAGUCCUUACUUCAUUCGCUGGUGGGAGUCUAUGUCUUUCAAUAAGGAGGUUUUAUGCACCUACACUGACAAAAGUGGAGGACGGAAUUUUUUGCACAAAAAUCAAUUACAACCGGUAUCGACACCGAUGUUUUUCGUGGCACAGGCAAGGCUUUAUGGAAUCCUCCGCCGCUGGUGUAACAACAACAAUUUUGACAUCUUUCAGCGAAACGAAAGGGGAUUGACUUUGUUUGAGAUGGCUGCUGAGACUAAUUGCGUCCAAUUAUACAAGGAUCUUGUCUCAGGAGCAGCCGAGUACGAAAUUAUAUCCCGCAAAGCAGUUCAACAUGGAAGCCCGAAUCAUGGAAGAUGCCUUGAGGAAGAGGUCAAGAUAGACGCGAGCUCCGCCCAUCUCUGCAAAACGCAUAGUAGUGCAAUUAUUAUUGCCAGUUACCAUCGGAGCUUGGAUGUGGUGAGAUACAUCGUGGAAACGGAGAAGACAAACGUGAACCUACAGGUGGAGGAUGAGUAUCAUGGCAGUGCGCUUGUUGCUGCUGUUACCUGCCCCUACGGGUCACCACUGAAUGUCGUGCACUAUCUUGUGGAAGAAGCAAAAGCAGACGUGAACCUACAGGUGGAGAAUGGAGAAUAUGGUAGUGCGCUUGUCGCGGCAGCUGUCACUGGAAAGAUUGAUAUUGUGAAAUACCUUGUGGAGCAGGGAGAUGCCGAUGUGAACCUGGAGCUGAAUACUGGGCAACAUGGCAGUGCGCUUGCCGCGGCAGCUGCCGGAUGGAAACUCGAAGUUGUGCAAUAUCUUGUGGAAGAGGGAGAUGCCGAUGUGAACCUGGAGCUGAAGGCUGGGAAACAUGGCAGUGCACUUGCCGCGGCAGCUGCCGGAUGCAACUUCGAAGUCGUGCAAUAUCUUGUGGAAGAGGCAAAAGCAGACGUGAGCCUACAGCUAGAGGCUGGAUAUCAUCGUCGCGCAAUUAUCGCGGCGGCUGUUUCAGCUGAAGAUAUCGAUUGGGUGAGAUUUCUCAUGGAUCAGGGAGAUCCCGAUGUGAACCCGGAUAUUCUAGUUGGUCCAUAUAAGAGUGCACUUGAGGCUGCGGAGUAUUUUGACGAAAGCUCAGAAGUAGCUGAGUAUCUACGGAGGAAGCAAUCAGUCUCCUGUUGA